AUGGUAUUGCGCUCGCGUCUAAAUUAUACGAGCGCGCAUAAAUCACUCAAAGCUGCAAAAGAUGACCUUCCCUAUGAUAUUGAUAAGGUCUUCUCCCAACUCGGUAUGUCCACAUGGAUAAAGGAGUAUAAAAGUGGCUCCCCCAACCAUAUGAAAGAAAAUCUGCCGAUGGGAAUAGAUGGGAGCAGUAGUACUUCCCUUCUAGCCCGUCAAACUGCAUCAUCAUUAACACCAAAUCCGUUUGAUUCAGAGGAAAAAGAAAAUUUGUUGAAAGAAGGGGCUACACUGAUACAUUCUGAUAUCAGCCGAUUUCGGCUAAUGAAUGUGAAGAAACCAAGUCAAGGAUCAAUUGAUGAAGACCAAUUAAUGCCUUAA